UUGAUUAUCCGUAAGAAGAGGCAUCCUUCACUGCUGGUGUAAAAAAAAAAAAAAAAAAAAGCCACGUUCGUCCAUAAUGUCCUUGAUGAAUGGUAAAUGCUAGGAAAUAAAAAGGAGCAUUGCCUGAUUUAUUGACAUGGCAGAUUAAAUGUAGCACAAAGCUGAUGGAUAGAAGGUGUUCCCAGGAUGCUGGGUCUUGUUAAACAAUAAAGAAAGCUUUAGAUAUGUUGACUUGAAAACUGAGGCUGACAUUCUUGAUCUAGUGACGAUCUAGCCGUUGCAUGGUCUGACGUUGCUAGGGAAUGGAUGAGAAUUAAUUUAACCGUUGAAACAAUGAAAAGAAACGAGAUAUUUUAAUGAUAGGGUAAGAAGUAAUGAAUAGCGAAAAUAUCUUAAUAACGCCAGUGUGACCUGCGCACACACACACACUGGUAAGCAGCAAAGCUGUUGGGUUUCUGGUUUCUAAAGCGUACGCGUUAAUCAGGCGGAAUCGGAGCGGGAGCGCGCAUCCGGGAGCGCGCACGCGUUCAGCACCAAGGACAGCGGAGAUCGCGGCGAGCCUCAGGUCAGCAGACCCGAAUGGAGCCACGCCAAAAGCGGGCAAACACGAGAUCUUUUUAAAGAAGGGAAAAUUCAACCGAAUAACCCAACGUUCUGGACUUUUCUAAACCAUAUAUAUUCAUCAUGGAUUUUUUUUUCCCCUGUUUAUAAAAGGAGAAUGAAUCUUUGAGGGAAAUAUCAACAGGAGCGUCACCAUUCCAAAAAAAAAAUUAAUCUUUUCUUUAAUCCAGCGUUUUCUGAUCAUCAGAAAGAGACUGAGAAAACAUACACAUACCUGAACCGAUCAGAUCAGAUCAGAUCAGAUGUGAUCGCAUUCCUGUGCUUCAUAAGUUCUUCAUUAGGAGCCCGGGACCUUCAUUAGGCUGCCUCAUCGACCGACCCUCUGCAUGACAGCUCGCUGAUCCGCGCGGAUCCAGAGGCACACAAACAUGCGUCUGGUUCUCUUCGCCUUCCUCGUGUCCUGCUCGUGUGCGCGGGGCGGCUGCGAGCCCAAGAUCGUCAACAUCGGCGCCGUGUUGAGCCAGAAGCGGUACGAACAGGUGUUCAAGGACGCGGUGACCCAGGCCAACAACAUCUACGGCAAAGACAAGUUCAAGAUGAACGCGAUCUCCGUCACGCACAAACCCAACGCCAUUCAGAUGGCACUGUCCGUGUGUGAGGAUCUCAUCUCAAACCAGGUCUAUGCCAUUUUGGUGAGUCAUCCUCCCCAGUCCAACGACCAUCUAACCCCGACACCAGUGUCCUACACAGCUGGAUUCUAUCGCAUACCUGUAGUGGGACUGACCACCCGCAUGUCCAUCUACUCAGACAAGAGCAUCCACCUGUCGUUCUUGCGCACGGUGCCUCCUUACUCCCACCAGGCCCAGGUGUGGUUUGACAUGAUGCGCGAGUUCCGCUGGAAUCACAUCAUCCUGAUCGUGAGCGAUGACCACGAGGGCCGCGCGGCACAGAAGAGGCUGGAGACGCUCCUGGAGGAGAGGGAGACGAAGAGUAAAAACAGGAACUAUGAAAACCUCGACCAACUGUCCUAUGACAACAAGCGAGGACCCAAGGCAGAGAAAGUGCUCUUGUUCAGCCAAGACACAAAUCUGACUGCACUGCUCCAGGAGGCCAAAGAGCUGGAGGCCAGAGUCAUCAUCCUAUCUGCCAGCGAGGACGAGGCAGCGGCCAUUUACAAAGCAGCUCGCCAGCUCAAUAUGACCGGCUCUGGUUACGUAUGGCUGGUGGGAGAAAGAGAGAUGUCUGGUAAAGCUCUAAGUGAAGCUCCAGAUGGCUUGCUCGGCCUCCAGCUGAUCAACGGCAAGAACGAGUCGGCGCACAUCUACGACGCCGUGGCAGUGGUGGCCCAGUCCAUCCAAGAGCUCUUUGAGAAGGAGAACAUCACCGAGCCUCCUAAAGGCUGCGUGGGCAACACAAACAUCUGGAAGACCGGCCCACUCUUCAAACGAGUACUGAUGUCAUCCAAGUAUCCAGAUGGCCUCACAGGCCGCGUGGAGUUUAACGAUGACGGAGACAGGAGGUUCGCCCACUACAGCAUCCUCAACUACCAGAAGACCCGGUUGGUCCAAGUGGGCGUCUAUAAUGGCUCGCAAGUCAUGAUGAACACUCAGAGGAAGAUCAUUUGGCCAGGAGGAGACACUGAGAAGCCAAGAGGCUAUCAGAUGUCGACAAGAUUGAAGAUUGUCACCAUUCAUCAAGAGCCAUUUGUGUAUGUGAAACCGACGCUGCGAGACGGAACGUGUAAAGAGGAAUACACCGUGAACGGAGUCCUGAUCAAAAAAGUCAUCUGCACUGGGCCCAAUGAGACAAUUCCUGGUCGUCCCAUAGUGCCUCAGUGUUGCUAUGGAUUUUGCAUCGACCUCUUGAUCAAGCUCGCAAUGACAAUGAACUUCACCUACGAAGUACACCUAGUGGCUGAUGGGAAAUUUGGCACCCAGGAGCGUGUGAAUAACAGCAAUAAGAAGGAGUGGAACGGCAUGAUGGGAGAGCUGCUGGGUGGCCUGGCAGACAUGAUUGUGGCUCCACUUACCAUCAAUAACGAACGAGCCCAGUACAUCGAGUUCUCAAAACCAUUUAAGUACCAAGGGCUCACCAUCCUUGUCAAAAAGGAAAUACCUCGCAGUACACUGGACUCGUUCAUGCAGCCCUUUCAGAGCACUCUGUGGUUACUGGUGGGUCUUUCGGUCCAUGUUGUGGCGGUGAUGCUCUACCUAUUAGACCGUUUCAGCCCAUUUGGAAGGUUUAAAGUGAAUAGUGAAGAGGAAGAAGAGGAUGCCCUCACCUUAUCCUCUGCCAUGUGGUUCUCUUGGGGCGUACUUCUGAACUCCGGUAUUGGAGAAGGUGCCCCACGGAGCUUUUCGGCGAGGAUUUUAGGUAUGGUGUGGGCUGGUUUUGCUAUGAUUAUAGUUGCAUCUUAUACUGCCAAUUUGGCAGCCUUCCUAGUGUUGGAUCGGCCUGAGGAGCGUAUUACCGGCAUCAACGACCCUAGGCUGCGAAACCCAUCAGAUAAGUUCAUCUACGCCACGGUGAAGCAGAGCUCUGUGGACAUUUAUUUCCGGCGUCAAGUUGAGCUGAGCACCAUGUACCGACACAUGGAAAAGCACAACUACGAGAGCGCUGCUGAGGCCAUCCAGGCUGUGCGAGACGGCAAACUCCAUGCGUUUAUCUGGGAUUCAGCUGUGUUGGAGUUUGAAGCCUCUCAGAAAUGUGACCUGGUCACCACGGGAGAGUUGUUCUUCCGUUCAGGCUUCGGCAUCGGCAUGCGUAAAGACAGCCCGUGGAAGCAGAAUGUUUCCCUGGCCAUUCUCAGCUCUCAUGAGAAUGGGUUCAUGGAGGACCUGGAUAAAACCUGGGUGAGAUACCAGGAGUGUGACUCCAGGAGCAAUGCCCCAGCCACACUCACCUUUGAGAAUAUGGCAGGCGUGUUUAUGUUGGUGGCUGGCGGCAUUGUCGCCGGGAUCUUCCUCAUCUUCAUCGAGAUUGCGUACAAGCGACACAAAGAUGCUCGCAGGAAGCAGAUGCAGUUGGCCUUUGCAGCGGUUAAUGUCUGGAGGAAGAACCUGCAGGAUAGGAAAAGUGGUAGAGCAGAGCCCGACCCCAAAAAGAAAGCCUCUUUUAGGUCCAUCAGUACCAACCUGGCCUCCAACAUCAAGAGACGUAGGUCCUCCAAAGACACGCCAUAUCCCACGGACAUCACCGGCCAGCUCAACCUGUCCGACCCCUCCGUCAGCACGGUGGUGUGAACGCAGACAAGGGUGUGAAAAAAAGAGAGCUAGACAUAACGAGAGUGCGACAGGGAGACUAGAAAAGGAGGAGAUGGUUGGCGGGGGUUGACUGAAAUUGUGCCAGACCUGCUGAUCCCUUUGUAUCAACAACGUCACCGUCUGAGCCAACAACAUGCUCAUCUGAACAAAACAAACAAAGAAACACAAUCCUGCACCUUCCUCCAUCCUCCUCCUCCAUCCUCCUCCCCAGGCCUCUGCGAACAUGCCCAGGACACGACUGUGACACGUGAAAGAAACUGCCAAAAAAAAAAUUAAAAAAAUAAGCAGCCCUAGGAGCUCAAACGUACUGCCGCAAUACGCCCUCACAUUUCCCACACACGGAAACACCCAGCUUCAUUUUCCCACAUUUUCUACACUCAUAAAGCAUGCUAAUAGCUGAAGAAGUUCUUCAAAAAUUAUUAGAAAAUUAGUUCUAUUUAUCAUAGGCUUGGCUAUCAUACUUGCAGAUUCAUUCAGUGGUCACUCUACCUCCACUUCUCCGCAUAUUAAAAUAUAUGUAGCUGAUUUAAACACUAACUUUUACUAAGUUUCAUGUUUCAUUUGCAAGGACAUUUUUGUAUAUUGUACAUUGCUGAUGUAAAAUAUACCUCUGAUUGCUAUUUGUAUUGUUAUUAGACUAGGCAAUAGAUAAACGAUACAUGUAGAGUAGAUUAAAGGAUAAAUCCACCCUGAACGAUUUGUAUACUAACCUUAAUAAUUAACAUGAUCUUCAAUAACGUCUUGUAAUGAACUUUUUCAUCACGUUCAUCUUUUUCCACUUUGGUUUUCUAUUUUACCCACAAUGCAGUUUGACUACCUGAUAAUAGUGUUUUAGUGGGAUUUAGCCCUUGUUUUAAAUCCACCUAAAGAGAGCGAUGCAGCGGCGCUUUAGUCCUUUAGUCCAUCCAGCUGUCUCACAUCCAAAUCUGUACACUCUGCUCAAACAGAUCAGCUUCGAAAGCUUUAACUUUCAUGCUAAUACAGACAUCACUGUUUCCCAUCUCCAAGAUCGCUAACUAGCAGAGCUGAGACUAGUAUAGCUGCAUUCCAUUGUGGAACUUUGAGUCCAAUGUUUGCACCAACGUCUCUACUAAUUCUGUGUUGGAUUUCUCAUUAAUAUGAUAUUAAAUGUAGAACAAUGGUGAGUGAAAAAAGAAGCUCUUGCUCUUUUUUUUUUUUUUUCUUUUACAAGCUAACAGCUAAACCUGAUCAUUUAUCAUUUAUGUUUGAGAAGGUUUAAUUUUUUUCUCCUAUUAAACACCAUUGUAACCACACUAGCAACAUCAGAACAACAAACAACAGCUAACUUCCCACAAAAAUAACGAGAAUACAGCACCAACCAACAAACUAGCACUAGAAUCGCUAAUCACGUCAAAAAUAUUUUGAUAUAAAUGUUUAAUAAGGUUCAGGGUGGAGCUUUCCUUUAUGCACUACUGUAAAUAAUGCUGUAGAUAUUAUUCAGGUCCUUGUAUCCUGCAGUUUUCGAAUCAUGUCACUCUCUCCAUUGCCUUCUCCAAAAAAAACAUUUUGCUGAUGUGAUCUGGAUCUGUUAAGCCAACAAAACUGUGGAUCAAUUUACUUUUCUCUGGUUUUUUUUUUCUAUGUAAUUUUUUUCAUGUGCUCCAAUCUUUCUUAACAAUAAGUCAAGUGAUCAAGUCUUUUUAGAAAGUGCAAAAUGUAGCAGAUUUUUUAAAAAAAAUAAGCUUUGAGACUCAAUGAACAAAUGAAAGGGAUCCAAAAAGUGGCGUAAAAUCUAAUAAAGCAGCUAUUAUUACAGGAUGUUUUGAGUAGAGGGUUUUAAUAUUUAAUUCUGCUUGAAAUUCUCUGUAAUAAUUUCUGUAGUGUAGUGUGACGUCCAUCUUCUACCCAAAGGGUACCUUUCAUAUUACAAACAGGAUUGUGUGUUAAUGUAAUCGGUGUUGUAUUAUGGUUGUUUAUUGAUAUAGAUGGCGGUGGAAGUAAUAUUACAUUUCUGCGUUCCUUUAAUCAGCUUCAGCUUUUGCUUUCUGGGCUAAAUGGUCAACUACAGGAAGAUCGUUUGCAUUCUGUGACUUGUACUAGUACACACGGUGAAUGGUAGUGAUGCUAGGACACCGUAUAGCACUUUUGUCUUAAAACAAUCUUUCCGAGGGCUUUGAUGUGAAAAUAUAUUUUGUAAGCUGGGAAUGUUACAUGAAGUGUUUAAUUUAUUAAUUUUUUUCUUUUCUUUUUUUUUUUUGCUGAGGUUCUACAGAAUAAGUGGACCUUUGUACGCUGUCAGUACGCUGCCAAGCUUGUACUGUGAAAUUCCUGCAAUGCUUCAAGCAUUUGAGUAUAGUCAAUUGAAAUGAAGUACGAGCAAUGGAUAAAUAUGCUUUCCUGAUUUAUCAGAUAAAGAGAAAUGAUAUUUAUUGUGAUAGUAGUGGAAAUCCUUGAGGAUGCACUACAGAUCUGAGGAAUAAUGUGCUAAUAUAUUUAAAAAAAAAACAGCAAAGGCAGAUCAGAAACAAACAGCUAUGUAACCUGUCCAAUCUGACACAAACAUUGUGAUUUUGUGAAUCUCUAGACAAUUUUAAUAUAGAUACAGCCAGGUCUUGUUGAUUUUUAUCACCAAAUGUGCUUUUGAAGGCCAGUCCUAUUCUGUGAGAUGAUAAAAAAAUAAAUAUAUAUGUUCAAAACUUA